AUGGAGACUAGAAGAUUAAGAAAGAGCCUUAGUGAUUCUCAGUGCAAGCAUGGCACUAGUAGCUAUGAAAACAGUUCAUUUUCAGGAGGCUUAAUGAUUAUUUCGAGUGAGGAAAGUAAUGAAUUUAAUAUGAAUAGCAUAAAAGAAGAAAUGCAUAAACAUGACGGCGGAAUAAUUGAGAUUCUUGAAUGCACAAGUUCAGAGCAAGAGGAUCUCAGCGUAUCAAGCAUCAGCAGGUCAAGCAUCAGCAAAAGAAAUCUUGAUGAUUCGUUGUCAUUGUCAUUUGAAGAGGAGGAGUUUACCUUUAAAUCGUCUCUGAACCAGAUGGCAUUGAACCAAACUAGAAAACCUAAUGAAAGAGACCUAUCUGCAAUAGAACAUACCAAUACGGAAUUCCGUGCGCGUAGCCACUCCUUUGACUCUGAAGACUUUUUCAAUGCUAACAAUCCCACUUCGAUGGAACCAGUGACAAUACAGCUAUAUUUUUUGAGGAACGUGUUCAAUCUGGAAAAUUUUAGAGGAAACCAAGAGGAGAUAAUAAAAGCAGCAUUAAAUAAAGAGGACAUUUUUGUUUUGAUGCCCACGGGUGGCGGCAAGUCUUUAUGCUACCAGCUGCCGGCUAUGAUACAGGAUGGCCUGACGGUUGUUAUCUCUCCUUUGCUUUCAUUGAUUCACGAUCAAGUUUCAAAUCUGCUCAAUAAAAAUAUACCUGCAGUGGCACUAAACUCAAACUGUACGUACUCUGAGAGAACUUUGAUUAUGAAGACAUUGCAGGCGUGCCAUUCUGUUAAGAUUGUGUAUGUCACCCCAGAACUACUUAAUAAAAGCACUCAGUUUAGCAAUAUACUUCACGAACUCGACCGAAGAGGAAGGCUCUGCAGGUUUGUAAUAGACGAGGCACACUGUGUCUCCCAGUGGGGACAUGACUUUAGACCUGACUACAAGGAGCUGGGAAUAAUCAAAAGAAAGUUUCCCAGGAUACCCCUCAUAGCUCUAACAGCAACUGCUACGAAGAAGGUUGAGCUGGACGUGCUCAAUAGCCUAGGCAUCGAAGGAUGUAAGGUAUUUAGACAGUCAUUUAAUCGGCCUAAUUUAAAGUACUAUGUCAUGAGCAAGACAAAGAAAAGUCUUACAGACAUAGUCUCCUUUGUCCAUACAUACUACCCCAAUAGUCCAGGAAUUAUCUACUGCACCUCCAAGAAAGAUUGUGAGGAGAUGAGUGAAAAACUAAAUGAACACCUGAAGACCACCUUUUACCAUGCAGGGUUGAGUAAAAGAGAACGAAAUAAGGUUCAGGAGAUGUGGAAUGAUGGAACCAUCAAGAUUAUUGUGGCCACUAUUGCCUUUGGAAUGGGAAUUGAUAAGAGCGACGUGAGAUUUGUUAUUCAUUACAGCCUUCCAAAGAGUCUGGAAGGAUAUUACCAGGAGACAGGACGUGCAGGGCGUGAUGGUCUUGAGAGUGUGUGUAUUUUAUACUACAACUAUGGCGAUACAAAGACCAUAGAGUUUCUUAUUGCCAACAAUCACAAUGCUACCAGCGAUCAAAAGAAUAGACAGAGAGAAGAGCUAAAGUAUGUUGUUCAAUACUGUGAAAACAAGACGGACUGUAGAAGGAAGCUAGUUCUUAGUCAUUUUGGGGAAAACUUUGAUCCUGCUGAGUGCAACAAGACAUGUGACAACUGCACAAGAAACUUCACCAAGACCAAGGAUUAUUCGAAGCAGGCCAAAGAGAUACUCUCAUUGAUAAGAGAUGCAGAAAAAAUAUCGUUCAUCCAGGCAGUUGAUGCAUAUCGAGGGUCUGCAAAUAGGAAGAGUCUUGAGUUCAGUCAGAUGCCAUUCUUUGGGAACGGAAAAGAUUUGAAGAAGACUGAAGUUGAAAGAGUUCUCCAGUAUUUGGUAGGCAAUGGCAAUAUUGAGAACAGAGCAAUUAUGAAUAAGAAGUCUAGAUUUGCACAUAACUAUCUUGUAUACAAGGCCAGGCUAACCAAUGCGGUAAUUCUAACAGUUGAAGAAGAGAUAGAAGUUAGCAAAGACUACAACACUCGUGAUGAUAGAGGUGCCGGUAAAACGAAGGAAACCCGCAUAGGCAAAGCCAAAGGUAAGACCAGGGAUGCAAAAAGGAGUAAGACAGUUGAAGAUAGAGCAAUAAAGAAGAAAAGAAGGGCUGAUAGUGACGAGUCCUGCCAAAUAUUAGCCGAGUAA